AAUACUGCGCGUACCUUUACCGCAUCUAUCACGUCAAUUUACUCGCAACUCCAGGUCUACGGUCGCGUCGCUGUAUCUGAAAUAGUCUGGAUUCAGUACCAACAGGAGCACCAGCAUACCACCAACCGCGACCAUGUCCGACGCGGGCCAGCUCUCCGACGAAGAAGUCAAUGGCCAGGCAACUCCUGCUGAGAAUGCCGACGAGGGCACACCGCUAAAUACUGUGGAAGACAACGGUCUUGAGGGUGAUGAAGAUGACCUGUUUGGCGACGGAGACGGAGAUGCAGGUGAAGAUGCGCCAGCUGAGCGCCGGAAGCUCGAUGAUGCAGAGCUCGAUUCAGGCGAUGACGAGGGACGGGCAGAUCGCGUCAGGGCACCCGAAGCUCUAGAGGAGGUCGAGCAACAGACAUUUGCAUACAUGGACGCCGACCUGGCGCGACAUCCCGUUCCUGAGCCCACCGACAACGAGCUUUACCUUUUGAAGGUCCCGCGCUUCUUGUCUUUCGAAGACAAGGCAUUCGAUCACAAGACCUUCCAGCCGCCUACUACAGAUCACCACUCCAAGCUCGCCGCUUCUGAGCACUUCUCCGCCUACGACACCGCCAUGACCACAGUCAGGUGGCGACGCUCACCCUCGAAUAAUGCCGUCCUACAGUCCAAUGCUCGGAUUCUCAGGUGGUCGGACGGUUCCCUAACCCUUCAGCUUGCGACCGACCCUACAACCCAAUACGACAUCGAUGCGAACACUCUUGCCCCACCGCAAGUCAACCCCAAGAUACCCACCCCAACGGCUGUUAGGGACGAGAAGAAUGGCAAGACAAGCGCGAAGAAGGAGAGCUACACAUACCUGGUGGCGCCGUACGAGGAAGCGAACGUUAUGCGCGUCACGAACAAGCUCACGGCAUCCCUGAACGUCGUACCCACGUCGAACACGAAAGACGCUGCGCUGGAAAAGCUACAAAACGACCUUGCCAAGGUCGCAGCAAAGGGACGAGACGAUGCCGAUCAAGCCAUAUCUUUCAUCAACGUGGACGAAGAUCCCGAGCUCCGUCGACAGCGUGAGGAAGCUACAUUCAAGGAGAAGCAAAGACAACUGCGCGCUCGCGAGAAGCACGAAGCGCGCCAGGCAGAGCGCGCAAACCGCACCAUGGGCCGCACCGGCGGUCGCGCUUCAGGAGGUCUCGACAUUGACGGAUUGGAAGACCGCCCAGCUCGAAAGAAGAACGCACAGAAGGGUGGCUUACGGCGUGACUGGAGUGACGACGAAGACUACGGUGGCCCAAGGAGGAAUCGCGAGGACGACUACGACGAGGAGGAUGACUUCAUCGCCGCUAGUGACGAGGAACCAGAGAUCGUGGACGACGACGAUGAUCCAGAUGAGGGUAUCGCGGCGAGUCCCAAGCGAGCACGGGGUGGCGUUGCUGCAGACGAUGAUGACGACGAUGAGGUUGUUGUUAGCCGGACGAAGCGGAGACGUGUGGUUGACGAUGAUGAGGACGAAGAGUAGACUUCUGGAGAUACGUUGCCUCUGAAGACAGUGCUAUUGCGGCAUUCGUCCUCUAGAGUCUCGGCUUGGAUUCAACAACAAACGCGAGGGGAAUAGGAUGUGGUAGAUUGCCUUCACGGUAUGAUCGCAAGAUGUACAAGAAGAACUGUUGGAGGUUGGUUCAUUUCUAUCUACGAUCAUCAGCAUAGCCAGGAGUUUGGGGUCCUCCAUGCAUCACUUGUAUUAUUUACAUUAUUGACAAAAUACACAAGAAAUGGUAUCAUUCGGCAUUCGGCUCUUGUCUCAAACCAGACUGACGCCGCGCAAUGCAGCCGAUGCAGUCGUGGUUUUACUUCCGCUGGCCGUAUACAUGGUAGUCGUUACUCUGGCAUACUAAGAUAAUGCGAGGCUGUGAAUCAUGGCCACAACCACGGUCUUCCUUGAAUAUCCGCUUAUAACAGAUAGUCGCUUGCCUAAUACACACUAGUGCC